AUGGCGCGGAGAAGGGGCGGCGGCGGCGGGUGGUGCUGCCGGUGGGCUGCGGAGUCCGCGGCGGAAGACAGCGAGAGAGAGACGCCGCGGGAUGACAGCUCCUCGCUUUCUGCACUCAGGCGUUUAGAGCGCAGCCAGUGGACAGACAAAAUUGAUGCGCAGUUUGGAUUUGAGAGGAUGAAGGAACCUGCAGAAAGGACAGGCUGGUUGAUCAACAUGCACCCGACGGAGGUUUUGGAUGAGGAUAAACGCUUGGUCAGUGCUGUGGACUAUUACUUCAUUCAGGAGGAUGGAAGUAGAUUUAAGGUGGCUUUGCCCUAUAGGCCAUACUUCUACAUUGCAGCCCAGAAGGGUAGUGACCGAGAAGUAUCAUCCUUCCUUUCCAAGAAAUUCCAGGGGAAAAUAGCAAAAUUGGAAAGUGUACCCAAAGAGGAUCUGGACCUGCCCAAUCACCUGGUUGGCCUGAAACAAAGUUACAUCAAGCUUACUUUCAACACAGUAGAUGACCUGGUAAAAGUGCGCAAGGAGAUCACCCCUGCUGUAAAGAAGAAUAGAGAACGGGACCAAGUUUUGGACACGUACACCACCUUGCUGACUAGUGCUCUCACUGGGCAUAGCCUGACCCAUAAGGAGGAGGAGCCCUCAAAGAAGACUGCAGACCAGAUGGACAACAUAGUAGACAUGCGGGAGUAUGAUGUUCCUUACCAUAUCCGUCUGUCCAUCGAUCUGAAGAUUCACGUGGCUCACUGGUACAACGUUCGCCACCGGGGUGUCAGUUUUCCUCCUGAGAUUACUCGCCGAGAUGACUUGGUGGAACGGCCUGAUCCUGUUGUUCUUGCCUUUGACAUCGAGACUACCAAGCUCCCUUUAAAAUUUCCUGAUGCAGAAACAGACCAGAUCAUGAUGAUCUCCUACAUGAUUGAUGGCCAGGGAUACUUGAUCACAAACCGGGAGAUUGUUUCAGAAGACAUUGAAGAUUUUGAAUUUACUCCCAAACCAGAGUACGAGGGUCCAUUCUGUGUGUUCAAUGAACCAGAUGAGGUAAGCAGACAAUAGUUGAAGUAAUAUCCCCCACUUUUUUCUCUUAUUCCUAAACCCACAAAUUAAAGAAAAU